AUGAUGAUGACGUCGAAUCAAUCUAAUUUCGCCUUGGAAAAAGGUAGCAAAUAUGAGCUCACAACAAUGCGAACGACAACCAUGAUAAGUACUGAUGGAAAUUUUUCGUUGCCUUCUAAACCAAGUUUACAAAUCACGCCAAAAAUUAGUCAGUCUGGAAAUAGUAGCACCAAAAACAAUGGCAUUCAUUUCGGCAAUAUAGUGACUUAUUCAUUGGAAUAUCUAAAAAAAAUGCUUGGUUUAACGGCAGAUUGCCUUAACGGAGGCAUGAAAACGUUGAGGGGAGAAUGUAUUUGUCCUAAAUUUUAUCGGGGUGAGUUGUGCGAAAAAAUAGUUUGCGUCAAUAAUGGUACUUUAGUGAAAAUACCUAAUCUUGUUCCAGUACAGUAUACGUGCAGAUGUCCCCAACCAGAAUACAUACAUGGGCAGCAUUGUGAACAUAUUAAAUGUUUAAAUGGUGGCCGUCCGAUGGACAAUGGACACUGUAAAUGUUUGGAUUCUUGGUAUACUGGACAAUUUUGUCAGGAAUACGCAGCAUCAUGGGGCAUUGUGCUUGGUUUACCUUUAUUAUGCCUGGGGAUUAUAAUUAUCUGUUGCGUUGUUUGUCGUUUGGAUUUGUUUCCAAAGAAUUC